GGGAAAGUUAUUCUUAUCCAUACGCAAAUUACAAAGGGUACACAGCAACUUUGCUCACUCACUCGCUCUCUACCUCUCCCAUAGUUGUUAUCAUAGGUACCUACUUUUCUGCGUCACCCACUACUCAUAACGCACACCACCACCUUUACCUGCUUAUCCAUUCCAAAAAUGGCCACCGACAAUAAACAAACUUAUCACCUUUAUUCAUAUUUCCGGUCGACAUGUACGAGUCGUGUUGUGAUUGCCAUGCAUCUUAAGGGUAUUCCUGCUGAGCAUACUCACAUUGACCUCAGCAAAGCUGAGCAUGAAAGCCCUGAGUUCGAGGAGCUGAAUCCAAGCAAAUCCGUGCCAAUCCUUGUCAUUAAAGAUGGCAACGGGAACGAGACUGUUCUCACCCAAUCGAUCGCUAUUCUGGAGUACCUGGAAGAAAGCCUGCCCACUCUGACACCGCUACUGCCUCCAAGUGGCGAUCUUGUGCAGCGUGCCCGGGUCCGAGAGAUGGUGAACGUGGUUACCAACGAUAUCCAACCUAUCACCAAUGGGCGGAUCGCCAAACGGGUCCGCGCCAUUCGAGGUGAGGCCAAGGACCAGAUCAGUUUUGUAACGGACGUUUUUCUCGCUGGCCUGACCGCGUACGAAAAACUGCUGGUCAAAUAUGGAGGAAAGUUCACGGUGGGGGACGCAGUUACCAUGGCCGAUGUGUGUUUGGCACCGGCAGUGGAGAUGGCGCUUGCUUAUGGAACCAAUCUGGAUGGGCUGCCACACGUCAUGGGAUUAUCUAAGCGCCUCUGGGAAUUGUCAGCAUUUCAAAAGGGACAUUGGAAGAGGCAAGGUGAUACGCCUGAGGCCCUGAGAGGCUCCUAGGAGCAAGAGUAUAGAC